CUAACAAGGGAGCCGUGCAAUGCUCAGGUUGCAACAGCCAAGGGGGGGUGGAAAAAGGGUCUCCGGUUCCUUUGCAACCUCAGCGUGCAAAUGCAACGCCCGGACGCCGCAGAGCCUUUUGCAGCGUAGAGGCAACAUGUUUCAAUUGCUCAUGGUAGUGAAUUUCCUCCAAGCAGCCAGGCUGAAAAGCCUCUGAAAAGCCUCGCUCCGAUGCUGGCUAGGAGGGCGAACAUGAAGAGCAUCACGAGGGUGGUAGUUUACCUGUCCAAAGAGAACAGCUGCCCGCAGCGCGCCAGGUUCCAGCAGAGCAUCGUUGGCCACUUCUGCACAGGCGAUGAAGACAGCUGGAUGGUGAACUGCGCCUUGGACCAGCGGCGGUUCCUGAUUUCCGACAGGGAGUUUGCUGGCUCCAACAGGGUCCUCUUGCAGAGACCGCCUUUCUGCCCCAUCAAACACCUGACAGAGGCACAAGCUUCUUCCCUCCCUGCGGAGACCCAGGAGCGAGGGGUAGAUGUGGGCGUGGCCAUCCUCCUGCAGUCGGCCAAUCAGAAAGUGUUGCUGACAAGGCGGACCAAGACUAUGACCAGCUUCCCCAACGUUUGGGUCCCUCCAGGUGGCCACGUCGAACAGGACGAACAGUUGCUGGACGCCGGGCUGAGGGAACUGGGGGAAGAGACAGGCCUGUGGCUUGAGGACGGGGAGUUUUCCUGGCGCCCGCUGGCCUUGUGGGAGUCGGUGUACCCUCCCAUGCUGAGCAGAGGCUUGCCACAGCGCCACCACAUCGUCGUCUACCUCCUUUUGCUUUCCCGCGAGAGUCACCAGCAGCUUCAGGUGAGACUGAAGCCCAAUGAAGCAGAAGUGAGCGCAUAUGCCUGGCUGGACGAGCCAGUCUUGGCAUCCAUCGCUGCUACGCAGAAUGAGAUUUGGGACACCAGUGUGACGGUAGGGGAUCUCCCACCAGCUGUCAGCAGCAUCACCGAACUGGAGCACGGCUCAGCCAAGACAGUGGCCAUCCCCACCACAAUGUUCCUCGGCUCCGCUCCGCUACGGGGGGAAGACGUGGAAAGAGUGAGCACUGGGACAAAGUUUGCCCUGAGGCUCUGGCUGGACACUUUAGCGGUGCAAGCAGAGUGAAAGGAUCAAAACUGGGAAGGGAGAGAAAGAAAGAGGUGGCAAGCCACAUGGAGCACGAUCCAGACUCAGCCACUGGAUUUAAUCCUAGUUUUAUGCUGGCGGCAGUUGGCUCUCUCGAUACCACUAAGGUUAAUCAGUCUUCCCUUUUGGGGGGGGAAGGACUGAUCUCAUGGGGGAAUUGUAUUUUCACAUUUUAUUGCUUCAGUGACCAAGGAGCAACAAUUGUUUCACUUCUUGCCUGGACUUCCACAGAUGUAGGCACACUCCACAUUAACAGGGGCAGGAAAGCAAAUCAGGGUUUUUAAAAGGUUGGGUGUGUUGUUGUUUUUUGGCAGAACCUGUCAUUGUAGAUAUACUUAAAAGAGGAAGUUGACUGGGCAGCAGGGAAGAAAUAAAUGAAUGCAAAUGAUAGGAUGCAUUUGAAUUUCA